AUGAUGUCUUCUUCAGACGCGGCUGUCGCACAGCCCGUCGUGACGGUCGAGAACGAUGCCCCACCAGAUGGACCGGCCGUCAACGCAUCACAGCAGAGUCUUGCAAGCCUCCCAUCCACCGAGGGGCCCGCGUCGCCUGCCGAGCCCAACCACUCCUUCAAGUCCGACCCGAACCAAGACAGAGCUUCUGCCUCCGUCAUACCAUCCUCCUUGACCCCACCACCAUCCUCGCAGGUCCCGACCAACGGUGCCGGCAGCAGGGCACCACAGAGCUCCCAGAGGCAAAGGAUGCUGUCGCCUCCCGUCACUGGGCUGAACACAGUUCGUCACGAAGCCACACCUUCAGGGCUCUUCACUGCACCGAGGCCGGAAGCGGUCGUCGCCGCGUCGCCGGAUGCCCUUCGGGCCAUGCUUCAAUCUUGCAUCGCAGAACACACGCGCUUGAAGACGGAAGCGGCCCAUCAUAAGCUCCAAUAUCAGCUCCUCAGUGUGCGAGCCGACGAGGAUGCGCACCGGGCCGCCGUCGAGCAGGAGUUGACGCUCCGCCAGCUCGAGGCUUUGCGCAAACAGAAGGCAGAGGCUCCAGCACCACCCCCCAGGAAAAUGCACAGCCCCAGCCCCGACAUCUCGCAGGCCAUGUUCGAGCAGCUUCGGGAUCUCAGCGAGAAAGCUAUCAAGGACAACGAGAAGAUCCGCAAGGACUACGAGGAGGCCUGUAAGCGGCUCAAAGCCGCCAAGAAGCUCAUUGUGCGCCAGGAAGAGGACAUGGAUAGCUUACGCGAGGAAAAUGAGCUGCUCCGAAAUCGCCUGCAAGACAAGAGAGAGCUCUGGAACCAGCUGGCAAGCCCUGGGGGCAUGUUUCACACCCCCAAGACCGCACAUGCGUCUCCUGCACAAUUCAGGACGACACCACGACAGACACCUAAACAACGAGACAGCCGCGAGGGGCGUCAGGAGCCUUUCGCAGUCCUUCUCCAAGCUGCCACGCAGGAAAAUAGCAGUGCUCCUUCAACCCCAGCUACGCCGAACCGAUCGGGAGGGCGGCACCCAUUGAAGCACUCCCGGGGUGUCCACUCACUGUCAUCUCUUCCAACAACGCCAAAUCCGCCUAGACCACGUGGAUCCGAUUUGCUACCCGCCGCAGACCUUGUACCUCAGACCGAACCACCACGCCGCUUCGUAAACCGAAGUUUCAUCCCAGAAACACCCGAGCGAGGCCUCAGCUUCGCCCGCAGCGAACGCCCCGAGCGGGCCCACCAGAGCCGAGAGAGCACGAUAUCAGCCGACGACAACCAGGAGCUCGCCAGGGCCGCCCUCCAAUCGGUAGCGCAGCAGGUCGCGUCCUUUGCGUCCCGCGGCUCACCCCCGCCGCGGCGGCCGCUCCCGUCGCAGCGCAGCCAGCAGACCGAGGCCGACAGCCAGGUGUACGAGAGCCAGGCCAGCCAGGAGGCGUCGGCCAUGCUGAGGCGGGACCCGCGGGAGAGCUUCGAGGUGGCGAGCUCGCACAACUCGCGGGACGUGACGCCGACGCCCGUCGCGGCGGAGAAGAGCCAGCGGAUGCAGUCCACGCUGAGGGGCCCGGUCAACAAGUCCGGGCUGUCGCUGUCGGGCAGCGGGGGCGGGAAGCGCAAGUACGACGCCAGCGUCGCGGACGAGGCGAGGCGCGCCGCCGAGCCGGUGAGCCCGACCAAGAGGCUCAGGCUGGUCGGGCUUGGGAUCCGAGACUGA